GCUGUUUUGUUUGCUUAGCCUUUGCAGGGGAGACCAAGUAUCUGAAUUUCUAAUUGUUCAAUUCACAUAUAGAUUAUUUAGGACUUCAGACAGCUACAACAACAUCAGAACGUUUGGUUACAUAUUGCAAUCUGACAACGUCUUCAGAUAGUCUUGUGGUUGAGAUUCUAAUGCCGGGUGGAGAACCCACUAUUGGAUUAGAUUGAGUCUCCAUCCCCAAAGUUCAGCUGAUACUGGAAACAUACUCGUGACAUAAACCAGAGGAAGUUCCUGUGAGCUAAAUCGUCUUCUUUUUGUGACCUAAACCAUGGUGUCCCGCCGGCCCAGUUUCACCGGAUCUGACUCGGGGUCAGAAUCUGAGAGUCUGGAUUCCAAGACUGGUUCUCCAGAGGGUUCUACACGGCGGAGGAUGGCAGCCAAUGCCCGUGAGAGGAAGAGAAUGCAGGGACUGAACACAGCCUUUGACCGACUGCGUAAAGUGGUUCCGCAGUGGGGUCAGGAUAAACAACUGUCCAAAUACGAGACCCUGCAGAUGGCCCUCAGCUACAUCAUGGCUCUCAACCGGAUCCUGACAGAUGCCCAGAGGUGUAACGCUCCAAGCAGGCAGUGGCUGGACCUGCAGUUUGACUGUGCGCAGCCUGAGAACUAUCAGUGUUUUAGUACUACUGGGUAUGGUUCUCCGGAUCAACAGGAGUACAUGCAUUCGUCGUUUCUAUACCAGUGCGAUGGCCUCCAAGUUCCAACCUAAACGGGUUGGAAACGUUCUAAACAAGUCAUGCUGUUUGAGGUGACUGACAAUCUGUGCUUGAUUUUAGAAUUCAGGCAUUUGCUCUAACCCAAGAGCCAGUAAAUACAUUUGUAUUAUUAUUUUUUUAUAUUUUUAUCAUGUAUCUAUUUAUUGAUGUUGGUUCAUAUUUAAUGACAUGACAAAUGUUUAUUUAAAUACAUUUACAAAUGACAAAUUACAUUUCAAAUUGUUCCAAGCAAAGCAAGUUAGUAUAAUUGCAUUGCAGUGGAUUUUACAGCAAUUGAUUUUAGAAAGACUUUGUUCCCUGGUAAACACUGACAUAUUGUAUUGCUUUGUAUCAAAUCUGCCAGAUGAGGCCCUUGCAUUAUAUUGUGCAAUUUCUAAUGAAUGCUGAUCGGUUUAGUAAAAUUUUAUUAAUUUGCCCUUAUUGUUAUUGUGUAGACAAACAGUGGCAUUUUAAGAUAUUAGACAAUUGAAUACCAUUUGAAAUCUAUUUUUGUAAAUGUAAGAUAUUUUGUCAUUGAGUCUAGUUAACAUAAUGUUC